GCAAAAUCAGGCGAGUCUUCAGAGGAAAGCCUGGUCUCUACAAUGUCCGUCUACUCUCUCCUGUUUGCUAUAAUGCUGUUCUCUGAGAUGAACAGCCACUUCAUCACUGUGGCCAUGCCUGCAGCCGCAGCAGAAGAACAAGAAGGUUUAGGCUCGAUUCUAGCAGAAGAGGACAUGACUGAACGUGCCGCGGUCCCUCAAACGUACAGACGAAGCCUCCCAAAUGACGGGACGUCCAGAAUCAUCGUCAUACCGGACAUGAAGAUGAAGGGUCACAGCAUUCGUGGGCUAAACUUGGAACUGACCCAGAGCCAUCCUCUGAUCACAGAACGAAGCUUGGACAACGCACUUGAUGAAUUUACUUUUAAAAUAAAUAAACGAGAAAAAGACCUUGACAUGCUGCGAUGUAUGAUCGGAAGAGUAUACCGACCAUGUUGGGAAGUUUGAGUGGUUCUUGAAAACGCUGUGAAAGUUACUGCUCAAGACCAAAACACAUGUCCUUUUUUUUCAUAAAAUAAAAAAAAAGAUAAACAUGUUGAAAACAACAAUAAAAAGAGUUUAUUAAAAAGAAACAUAAUGAACUUGUACAGAAAUAAUACAGUUAAAACCUUCAUUGGUAGUAAUCUACAUUUCUGUUGACAUGUAUUAGCUCUCAUGUCUAGCAUGUUCUUUAGAAAUAAAGUGCAAUGAUCGAAUAAAAUGGACUUCAAGUUUGA